AUGGCUUCGGACCCACCACCACCACCACCAGCUGUGACCCUCAAUUCAGCACAGCUUCAUGCCCUGUUCGAUAUCCUCACCCACGAUGAGACUUAUCGUGAAGCCGAGAGUUUCAAAUACCCAUAUGCAAUUAAAGACUACGGAUAUCCGUUCAACCACGACCCCUCGCAGCCCGCCACCACCCCAACCUACAACCCCAAGUCCGCUUCCCCCUUGCUUCAGCUUCUUCUCACCCAAUGCAUACUACCAGUUCCCGGGCUGGGUGAUCUGCCUCCAGAUUUCUGGCCCACGAAAUUCCAGGGCAUCUUGACCAGGCUGGCCGACGCGAACCUCUCAGAAUCUUACGACAAGGGCGCACCGGGCACUAGGAAGACUCUGGCAACCCUGGCAUGUGUGAUUCAUGAAGCCGUCACGCGAGGUCUUCUGGGGGGCGUGGCUCAGGCCAGUGAGAAGGUCGACUUGCAGAAGGCCGAGUACGACGGCACUCAGGCAACAGAACUCGAGAGGGCAUGGAACGAGUGUGUCCGUGAGCUCGUCCACGGGAACCUCGCCGACGAGCUGUUCGACCACUGUGCCAAGAACGAGGACUUUGAGGCACAUUCCCCAGCAGUCAAGGCAGCCGCGGAUUAUGCCAUCCUGCAUAUUGCAUCGCUGCUCCACCACAUCCUGGUGCUUUCCGCAGAAGGGCAGUACAUGGUGAAGCUGAUCGAGAAUGUGCACAAAUUAGUGCCGUAUACGAUGGUUCGUCAGACGCUGAGGGUCGGGAACGCGGCGACGAUGAUCAAUGGAAUGAUGCGUAUCUUUCUCGCCAAAAUGAGUGUCGCGGCGAUGACAAACUGGAUUGGAUGGACGAAGGAGGCCGACGACGGCAUGAAUCUGCUGCAAAGGAUAAUAAACCUUGUGCUAUCUUGGGACGCCAGUGACUUCCGGAAGCAGGCCGAAAAGGUCGAGUCCUCCAAGGACAAACCCAGCAAGGAACAACUAGCUGCGCUUCGUGAGCACAUAACCUUGCCGCGGGAGGUUCAAGACGAAGCCCGCCGGACUAGCUUAGCAGAGCACAAGUCUAUUAUCGCGGUGAUCCUCGACUCGACCGAACCCAACCUAACAACUUCAAUGAGUGAGGCCCAGCAUACGCAAUGCCUGGAAUGGUACUCAGCACAAUUGUCAGUGCGUGACCGGGAUGAACUCAGCAACGUGUUUUGUAAAUCCACUCCAGACUUCUUGACGGGCGUGAUGCGUGAUGCCGUGUCUGCGUAUGAGCCAUUCAUCAGGAGCCUUCACGGCAGCUUGGACCUCCGGCCUCAUGUCACCGCGCUGGAGACCUUCCUGAACGACUUCAUCGAGACGAGCAAGCCGAAGCAGGUGAAGAACCGCAACGGCGGCAAGUGGAAGAACCUAGGGGCCGGCAGCGGCAAGAACACCCCCGUGCAGACGCGGCCGCCCUCGGUAGAGGACUACGUGGCCCUGCUGCGGCGGAAUCGGCAUCUGCUUUACAAGUACCUGCACCAGUUCGCCGAGAACUGCACCGACGUCCGGGAGAAGUUCCGCGACUGGGCCAACGGGACGAUACAUAGGUUCAGAGAUGCAAGCGGCACGGAGGCAGCGAACAAGACCGGGCCUGGCUCAGGUGCAGCCGGCGCCAUGAGCGACUCGCUGCAAGCCAUAUUUGGCCAGCUCCCGCCAGAGACGCAGAAGUCGGUCCUGGCUGGCCUGGAUUCCCACGCAGCAUAUCUUUCCAAGGCUUCAACCAUAUCCACACAGCGCAUGCAACGUAUACUCGAUGCGCUCAAUGAGGCUGAAAAGAAAAACGGCGAGAAGGAGGGCAGCAGCAAGCGCAACACCCCGCGAGGCAGCUCCGAAGGUGAUGACAUGUCUGGCCCGGGAGUCUAUCUGAUGCGGUGGGAGUCAUCUCUGGACGGCACGCUCAUCACGCCCGCGACCGCCCAUGGGCCCGUCAGAACAGGCAGAGAAGUCAAGGGCGAGAAGGUGUCGGGCAAGACCGGUUCUGAGGGCGUCAAGGAUGGUUGGGACGCCGGUGCCAUAGCCAGACAGGAGGAUAGCACUGUGCCCCAGGCGCCAGACGUCAGCGUCGUGAUGGAGGCGCUGGGGGAGAGCUUCCGGGAGGUGGUGAGGGAGGCCGUGGGCGAGGUGGGACCGCCAACACCGCCGGAAUCUGCAACCUAG